AUGGGAACUGAGACUCCAACUACUGAAAAGUUUGCUUUCUCAUCAGAACCAGAGAUUGAUAAGAGAACUGCGGAGCAGAAGGCAAUUGAUGAUUGGCUUCCCAUAACUUCUUCAAGGAACGCAAAAUGGUGGUACUCAGCUUUUCACAACGUCACUGCCAUGGUAGGAGCUGGAGUUCUCAGCCUUCCUUCUGCCAUGGCAAGUCUUGGAUGGGGUCCUGGUGUGGUGAUUCUUGUACUGUCAUGGAUAAUCACUCUGUACACACUGUGGCAAAUGGUUGAGAUGCAUGAGAUGGUGGCUGGGAAAAGGUUUGACAGAUACCAUGAGUUGGGGCAGCAUGCCUUUGGGGAGAAGCUGGGACUGUGGAUUGUGGUGCCUCAGCAACUGAUAUGUGAAAUUAGUGUUGACAUUGUGUACAUGGUCACUGGAGGAAAAUCACUGCAGAAAAUUCAUGACCUUGUGUGUAAAAAAAACUGCACUAACAUGAAGACCACUCACUUCAUCAUCAUUUUUAGCUCUGUUCAUUUUGUUCUCUCUCACCUUCCCAACUUCAAUGCCAUCUCUGGCAUCUCUUUGGCUGCAGCAGUCAUGUCUCUCAGUUACUCAACGAUUGCAUGGGUGGCUUCGGUGGAAAAGCAUGUUAAUAAUCCUCACAAAGAAGUUGAGUAUGGGUACAAGGCGAAGACUUCUGCAGGAACAGUUUUCAAUUUUCUGAAUGCCUUAGGUGAUGUUGCUUUUGCCUAUGCUGGACACAAUGUGGUGUUGGAGAUUCAAGCAACCAUCCCUUCCUCCCCAGAGAAGCCCUCAAAGGGUCCCAUGUGGAGGGGAGUUUUGAUGGCAUACUUAGUUGUUGCCCUCUGCUACUUCCCUGUUGCUCUCAUUGGCUAUUGGGUCUUUGGCAACACUGUUGAAGACAACAUUCUCAUCUCCCUCAACAAACCCACCUGGCUCAUUGUAACUGCUAACAUGUUUGUUGUCAUUCAUGUCAUUGGAAGCUACCAGCUAUAUGCAAUGCCAGUUUUUGACAUGAUUGAGACACUGAUGGUUAAACAACUGCAUUUCAAGCCAAGCUGGUGGCUGCGAUUUGUGGAGCGCAAUGUUUAUGUUGCAUUUACAAUGUUUGUGGCCAUUACUUUCCCUUUCUUUGGUUCCCUCCUCGGAUUUUUUGGAGGGUUUGCAUUUGCUCCAACAACCUACUUUCUCCCCUGCAUUAUUUGGCUUGCUAUUUACAAACCUAGAAUGUUCAGCUUAUCCUGGAUCACCAACUGGAUUUGCAUCAUCCUUGGCUUCCUACUCAUGACUCUAGCACCAAUCGGUGGAAUGAGGAGUAUCAUACUCAAUGCCAAGAACUAUGGGUUUUACCAAUGA